AAUGACUUGUUGACGUGAUUACAAAUUAUUAUUUCUCAUUGAACAAAACACAAUUGCAUUAUCGCAAUCAGACGUCGAUUUGUAUUAAUCUCGACAAUUGUUUCUAAUAAUUAAUGAAACUUCGACCUGAUACGAUAUACAAAUAAUGUGACUCUUGACAAUUUAUUGUAAAAAGUGCUGCGCAAUCAAAAGAUAAAAUUGGACUGCGAAAUUGUGCAUUGUUGAUUCCUAGAUACUUUUUGUAAUUAAUAGCAUUUAAUUGUCGGCCCCAGUAAACGCCAGUGUUAUCAUAGUAAAAUAAACCUAUCACAGCAAGCAAAGUGAAUGGAUGUACAACAAGGAUAUCCAGACAUUUGUUUCAAAUUAAGUUUAUUGUAAUUUAAAAAGCUUUAAGUUUCAUACAAAAGUGAAGUGAUAACUAUGGAGGCUCCAGAGACCAGUGGGAGUAACCGGCCCACCAUGCUGCAGCCCACAUCAUGGUGUCACCCAGCAAAUAGAGUACAUAGAUUUUUUGCACUGUUGCUAAUGUGCUUCCUUUGUUUUGGUUCAUACUUUUGUUAUGAUACUCCCGGUGCACUGGCUGACAACUUCAAAGAUGACUCACACUUGAACACAUCCCAGUUUGCAUUGCUUUACUCAAUAUACUCAUGGCCAAAUGUGGUAUUGUGUUUCAUAGGCGGUUAUCUUGUUGAUAGGUACUUUGGCGUAAGAUUGGGCACAGUGAUUUAUAUGACAAUUGUGUUUAUUGGAGCUGUUAUAUUUGCAUUUGGAGUGUAUAUUAAUGCAUUCUGGUUGAUGAUACUUGGCAGAUUUGUGUUUGGUAUUGGUGGAGAAUCCCUGCAAGUAGUAGUAAACAACUAUGUUGUCCUUUGGUUUAAAGGCAAGGAACUCAACAUGGUAUUUGGACUGCAAUUAUCAUUCUCCCGUUUCGGAAGUACUGUCAAUUUUUGGGUGAUGGAACCUGUUUACAGAUGGGUUUCCACAUAUUAUGGAGGAUAUGAAAGAUUGGGAGUUACAUUGUUCCUAGCCUCACUAACUUGCUUUGUGUCCCUUAUUUGUGGCGUGAUUCUUGGCUGGAUGGAUUACAGAGCUGAAAAAAUUCUAGGAAGGCAAGAUGAACAAAGCAACAAUGAGCCCUUCCAUCUGACAGACAUUAGACAUUUCAAAUCAGUGUUUUGGCUGUUGUCUGUAAUUUGUGUGGCUUAUUAUCUAGCCAUCUUUCCAUUUAUUGCCUUGGGAAAAUUAUUCUUCGAGCGAAAAUUCGAUUUCUUGCCACAAGAGGCGAACAACGUUAAUUCCAUGGUUUACUUGCUAUCGGCAGCUUUAAGUCCAUUCUUUGGUAUUCUCAUUGACAAGACUGGAAGAAAUAUGACAUGGGUUAUAAUAAGCAUUGUGACAACAAUUGGUGCACAUUUUAUGUUGGCUUUUACAUUCUUUAACCCAUAUAUUGGUGUGAUAUCAUUGGGCAUCUCUUAUUCCCUACUGGCUAGUGGUUUAUGGCCACUGGUAGCCCUAAUUGUUCCAGAAAACCAAUUAGGAACUGCAUAUGGAAUAUGUCAAGCAGUGCAGAACAUGGGCUUAGCUACAGUCAUAAUCUUUGCAGGAAUGAUUGUUGACAAAUAUGGAUACUUAAUGCUAGAAAUGUUCUUCUUAGGAUGUCUCUUUGUAUCACUGAUUGCGGCUGUACUUAUAUACAUAAUUGACUCAGCAAAUAAUGGAGUCCUGAACAUGUCACCAAGCAUGAGGGAGUCUACUAAGUCUACGGUUACACGAACUGACGAAACUGCACAUCUGUUAGAUAAUGAAGACUUUACAGAUCAAGAAGAAACUGAUUCAAGAAGACCGUCUGACGCGGCGCAAGAUCAGAUGUCUAAUAAUCCACGUGACACCGCCCAAGCCCAGUCCGAUAGAAUACGCAGUAGAUACUUAGCACAAAUAUUACCAAAUAGUAAUAUUUCAGAAAGAGAAUAGAGAUCUCGGUAUAAUUUUCC